AUCCCAAUCAUAUUUGGAUUUUUAAUAGAUUAUCACUGCUAAAGUUAACACUGGAGUGUCUGAACACAGUAAGUCAGUAUUGGUAUAACAGUCCAUCAUUUGAUGCUAUUUUUCAAACAACUCUGAACACUAUCAAAAGUUUGGAUGUUCCCAAGUCACUAAAGUCACUCCUUGAACAAGUUCAAGCAUCAAUAGAAUCAGGGAUCAGUCGUCCUAAGCCAAUCCUUCAAGUUUUAAGGCGUAAGCCAAAAUCUGUCAAGUUCUUUGAACCUCAGUUUGAUAACGACUAUCAGCCGGGAAAGAGGAAAGCUCCAAACAAGACUCAAGGAGAAAUGAUGAAACUAAAACACAAACACAAAAGAGAACUGAAGGGUGCUAUUAGAGAGAUACGUAAAGAUACAAAGUUCUUAGCACGUCAGAAACUCAAAGAACAGCUGACAAGAGAUGGUGAGCGUAAGAGAAAGGUGAAGCAGAUUGAAGGAUGGCUACAGGAACAGCAACACGACAUGAAAAUGGAGAAAAUAAGAAAAAGGAAAUGAUUGCUAAAGUAUUUUAAGUCAAUUUGCAUGUAAAGAGAACAAAACUAUAACCUUUUCUAUGUUGCAUGCAUGUCCAUUGUAUAAUGUGGAGUGGACAUGUGGGAUGAUUGUUCACACUAUUAUCAGAAUUUUAUAUAAAAUAA